AUGGUUCUCGCUGUUGAUCUUCUGAACCCUUCCGCGGCCGCCGAGGCCAAGAAGCACAAGCUCAAGACCCUUGUGCCCGCUCCUCGAUCCUUCUUCAUGGACGUCAAGUGCCCCGGUUGCUUCACCAUCACCACCGUCUUCUCUCACGCCCAGACCGUUGUCAUCUGCCAGGGAUGCACCACUGUCCUCUGCCAGCCUACCGGUGGUAAGGCUCGUUUGACCGAGGGCUGCUCUUUCCGACGGAAGUAA